AUGGAGGGUAGUAUACCACAAGGUAAAGCAAUAUGGGACCCCGAGAAUGUGGAUCUAUUUUGUGAUUUGUGUAUUAUAGAGGUGGAAGCUGGACGACAUCCUGGAACUCAUUUGGAUAAAGUUGGAUGGGAAAAUUUAAUUCAGAAAUUUAAUGAAGCAACCAAACGAGUAUAUAAAAGACAACAAUUGAAGAAUAAAUGGGAUGCUUUGAAGAAUGAUUGGAAGCUUUGGAAGGAACUUAUUGGUAAAGAAACUGGUCUAGGUUGGAACAUUAAGAAGAAUACUAUUGAUGCAUUUGAGGAAUGGUGGCAUAAUAAAUUGCAGAUUCAUCCCAACGCAGCGAGGUUUCGCACUCGGGGAAUUGAACCACUGUUAGAAGAAAAGUUAAAUAGGAUGUUCAUGAAUAUUGUGGCCACAGGAGUGUAUGCUUGGACACCAUCUUCUGGACAAGUGCCAUGUGAGUCUGAUAAAGGUGAAAAUGAUAAAUCUAGUCUACCUGAACAACUUGAGAGUAGUGGUGAGUCAGGUGAACCAAUCCGAAGUGAAUUGGCACAAGCCCGUAAGAAUAAGAGGCCAAUUGAGACAAAUGAGAGACAAAAGAAAGUCAAGAAAGGAAAAGGAAAUGUGAAGGUUGGAAGGGCUGCUAAAUUGUCUCAACAAAUUGAUCGCCUUGUCGAUAUAGUUGAGAGUAGAAGUACUGGAUCAUUGAUUGCGCAAUCUAACACUGGAAACUGUAGCAUGGUAAAAGUUGUUGAAGUUCUAGAUUCAUUACCAGGAUUACAAAUUGGAAGCGAGUUGUAUUUCUUUUCGGUUCACUUGUUGUUAGACAAGUGUAAGAGAGACACAUUUAUGGCUUUUAAGGAACCUGAGGUGAAGCUCAAUUGGCUUAAGUUUGAACAUGGGCUAGGAUCCUCCACUUAG